AUGAGCUAUGAUUGUCAGCAGGGCUGGGGCGGCGAUGGGGGACCCCGCAGCGCCGGCGGCCGCGGGGGAAGCCGGGGCCCCGGCGGCGCGGCGGGGCGGGGCGGGCGAGGCCGGCACCCCGCUCACCUGAAGGGGCGCGAGAUUGGCCUGUGGUACGCGAAGAAGCAGACGCAGAGGAGCAAGGAGGCCGAGAGGCAGGAGAGAGCUGUGGUCCAUAUGGAUGAACGAAGAGAGGAACAAAUUGUGCAGCUGCUGAAUUCUGUCCAAGCCAAGAGUGAUAAAGACUCAGAAGCACAGAUAUCCUGGUUUGCUCCUGAGGAUCAUGGAUAUGGUACUGAAGUUUCUUCUGAGAAAAAAAUAAACUCAGAGAAGAAACUUGACAACCAGGAAAAGAAACUGAACCAAGAGAAAAGGACAUUUAGAAUGAGAGACAAAUCAUAUAUUGACCGAGAUUCUGAGUAUCUGUUGCAAGAAAAUGAACCAGAUGUAGCCUUAGACCAACGAUUAUUAGAAGAUUUACAAAGGAAAAAAACUGACCCUCGAUAUAUAGAAAUGCAGCGCUUCAGGGAAAAGCUGCCUUCAUAUGGAAUGCAAAAGGAGUUGGUAGAUUUAAUCGAUGCCCACCAGGUAACAGUAAUAAGUGGGGAAACAGGCUGUGGGAAAACCACUCAAGUCACACAGUUCAUUCUGGAUAACUACAUUGAAAGAGGAAAAGGAUCUGCCUGCAGGAUAGUUUGUACUCAGCCAAGGAGAAUCAGCGCCAUUUCAGUUGCAGAGAGAGUGGCUGCAGAAAGGGCAGAGUCUUGUGGCAGCGGUAACAGUACCGGAUAUCAAAUUCGUCUCCAGAGUCGGUUGCCAAGGAAACAGGGUUCAAUCUUAUACUGUACAACAGGAAUCAUUCUUCAGUGGCUGCAGUCAGACUCGCAUCUGUCCAGUGUUAGUCAUAUUGUACUUGAUGAAAUUCAUGAAAGAAAUCUACAGUCAGAUGUUUUAAUGACUGUUAUUAAAGAUCUUCUCAAUUAUCGUUCUGACCUGAAAGUAAUACUGAUGAGUGCAACAUUGAAUGCGGAGAAAUUUUCAGAAUACUUUGGUAACUGCCCGAUGAUACAUAUACCUGGCUUUACUUUUCCAGUUGUGGAAUAUCUUUUGGAAGAUAUAAUUGAAAAAAUAAGAUAUGUUCCUGAACAAAAAGAGCAUAGGUCCCAGUUUAAGAGGGGCUUCAUGCAAGGACAUGUAAACAGGCAAGAAAAAGAAGAAAAGGAAGCAAUCUAUAAAGAACGCUGGCCAGAUUAUGUAAAGGAUCUGCGAAGAAGGUAUUCUGCAAGUACUGUAGAUGUUUUGGAAAUGAUGGACGAUGAUAAAGUUGACCUGAACUUGAUUGCUGCCCUUAUCCGAUACAUAGUUUUGGAAGAAGAGGAUGGUGCAAUACUGGUCUUUCUACCAGGCUGGGACAAUAUCAGCACAUUACAUGACCUCUUAACCUCACAAGUGAUGUUUAAAUCAGAUAAGUUUCUCAUUAUACCAUUACAUUCACUGAUGCCUACAGUAAACCAGACACAGGUAUUUAAAAAAACUCCUCCUGGUGUUCGGAAAAUAGUAAUUGCUACCAACAUUGCAGAGACAAGUAUCACCAUAGAUGAUGUCGUUUAUGUGAUAGACGGAGGAAAAAUUAAAGAGACACAUUUUGACACACAGAACAACAUCAGUACAAUGUCUGCUGAGUGGGUUAGUCAAGCCAAUGCCAAACAGAGGAAAGGCAGAGCUGGAAGAGUCCAACCUGGCCAUUGCUAUCACCUGUAUAAUGGUCUCAGAGCAAGUCUUUUAGAUGACUAUCAACUACCAGAAAUUUUGAGAACUCCUUUGGAAGAACUUUGUUUGCAAAUAAAGAUUUUAAAGCUCGGUGGGAUUGCUUAUUUUCUAAGUAGAUUAAUGGAUCCACCAUCAAAUGAAGCAGUACUGCUCUCCAUAAAACACCUGAUGGAACUGAAUGCUUUGGAUAAGCAAGAAGAGUUGACACCUUUGGGAGUCCACUUGGCCCGGUUACCUGUGGAGCCACACAUUGGAAAGAUGAUUCUGUUUGGAGCUUUGUUCUGUUGCUUAGACCCAGUGCUCACCAUAGCCGCCAGCCUCAGCUUCAAAGACCCCUUCGUCAUCCCACUGGGAAAAGAAAAGAUUGCAGAUGCAAGGAGAAAGGAAUUGGCAAAGGAAACUAGAAGUGAUCAUCUGACAGUUGUGAAUGCAUUUGAGGGCUGGGAAGAAGCUAAGCGACGUGGUUUCAGAAGUGAAAAGGACUAUUGCUGGGAAUAUUUUCUCUCUUUAAACACAUUGCAGAUGCUACAUAACAUGAAGGGACAGUUUGCUGAGCAUCUUCUUGGAGCUGGAUUUGUAAGCAGUAGAAAUCCUAAAGAUCCAAAGUCUAAUAUAAAUUCAGAUAAUGAGAAGAUAAUUAAAGCUGUCAUCUGUGCUGGCUUAUACCCAAAAGUUGCUAAAAUUCGGCUAAAUGUGGGUAAAAAAAGGAAAAUGGUGAAAGUUCACACAAAGUCCGAUGGCCUGGUUGCUCUUCAUCCAAAGUCUGUGAAUGUGGAGCAGACGGACUUCCACUACAACUGGCUCAUGUACCACCUGAAGAUGAGGACGAGUAGUAUCUACUUGUAUGACUGCACAGAAGUUUCCCCAUACUGCCUGUUGUUCUUUGGGGGUGAUAUCUCCAUCCAGAAGGAUAACGAUCAAGAGACUAUUGCCGUAGAUGAAUGGAUUGUGUUCCAGUCUCCAGCAAGAAUUGCCCAUCUUGUUAAGGAGUUAAGAAAGGAACUGGAUAUCCUUCUGCAAGAGAAGAUUGAAAGUCCUCACCCUGUCGACUGGAAAGACACUAAGUCCAGAGACUGUGCAGUGCUCUCAGCCAUUAUAGACUUGAUCAAAACACAGGAAAAGGCAACUCCCAGGAACUUGCCUCCACAACUUCAGGACGGUUAUUACAGCUGACGGCUUUGCCGUGGUGAUCAAACAGGCCAAUUUGACACCCAUUUUAUUCAUUUUUAAGUUUUUGGCAAAAUGCCAAACCCUGGGAUGUGACUUACCUUUGUGUGUAAGAUAGUUCAGUGGGUAGUAAAGAGUUCAUGUGCAUGGCGAAAACAGUAUUAUCCGUAGCUGUUGUAAAUUCACCAUUAAAGCAAUAUGUUGUCUGAUCAUGUACUCUAUUGUAGAUAUGCCCGCACUUAGAGGAUUCCUCUCUGUAUUUAGUAUAGUACCAUUGAGCAGUUCUUUUGUUCCAUUAUGCAAAAAUUAAUUUUCUGACCAUGAUGACUAAGUUUAGAGCCAGUAAAGAUGGAAUGGUUAGCCAAAAAACUGUGAAGUUAAGAAUUUGAAUACACCCACAAAAGGAAAUGUCUGUCAUAAGUAAACAUGUUGUAAUGAAACAUGGUAUUUAAUAAAAUGUACACUGUAUAAAUCCCA